CUUCAAGUUGUACCAUAAAGGCAAAAACCUAUAGCACCAAUACUAUAUAGCAUUGUAAAAUUCCUCUUCCCGUUGAAUGUCCCUUCCGAGAAAUUUUACAAUGCUAUAUAGUAUUGGUGCUAUAGGAUUUUGCCUUUAUGGUACAACUUAAAAUUGUACAUUUACGUUAUGGUACAACUUCAGAUUGUACCUAUACUUUUUGUAUAAAUUCUUUUAUGGUACAACUUGAACUUGUACUUUUAUGAAGUUGUAAAGUUGUACCAUAGCAUAAUGGUACAACCUAAACUUAUACAUUUAAUGUUAUGGUACAACUUUAAGUUGUACAUUAAAGCACCAAUACUAUAUAGCAUAGUAGAAGUGCUCUGUCCCUUCCAGCCAUGGCUCGAUCGUCUCCUUCAAGAAACUCCUUAUUGUUGGAAUCACAUAAGGGAAACGAACUUCCUCGGCGAAUAAUGUCAAUCUUGCUCCCCUGGCGACCAACUUGCCGUAGAAGUAAGACGAAGUCGUGGCUAUGGUCGAUGCAUUAAAGCUAGGGGUGGCUAUACGGUCCGGUCCGGUUAAAUUGGCCCAAAUUGAUCCGGUCCAGUCUGGUCUUUUUGAAAAUAUAAGGACCAAAGAUUGAUUGGAUACAGUCCGGUCUUGAUCCGGUCCGAUCUUGACCCGGUCCGGUCCCAAUUCGGUCUUGAUUUUAUAUUGAGCUUGUGGGGAUUUGAGUGGCCUAAGGCCUGAAAGGGUGAGAAGUUGGUUAAGUUUUGUAUUAAGUGCAAAGGUUUGUGACCGUUUAUGCAAAUUACCCUUAAGUUUUGGGUGUUGAGCUCUCUUAUUCGGUCUUUAUCCAGUUUUCGAUCCGGUCCCGAACGAUUUUUUACCUCAAAUCUAAGUCAAAUAUUGGAUUGGAUUGUUUACUAUCCGGUCCGAUCUCGAUCUAAGCCAAAUCUAAGCAAAUUACCCUUAAGUUUUGGGUGUUGAGCUCUCUUAUUCGGUCUUUAUCCAGUUUUCGACCCGGUCCCGAACGAUUUUUUAUCUCAAAUCUAAACCAAAUAUUGGAUUGGAUUGUUUACUAUCCGGUCUGGUAUCGAUCCGGGUUAUACUGUCCCGGUUUCGGGUAAAAUCAAAAAACCUGGACCAAAUAGCCAGCCCUAAUUAAAGCAAUCAACAUCCUUGCAAAGCGCAUCCAUGAUUUCAUUGUAGCAAUCAUCUUUGAUUACCUUAACGAUGCCACGUCGCUAAAACAAAAUCCAAUUUCUGUCCCCUUUUGUGGGUCUGUUGUUGAAUCUCUCUUUAUGAGAUGGUUCUUUUCCUUCUCCAGCUCUGGUCUGAUCUUCUGAUCUAGGGUUCUUGGAGCUCUUUUUGUCCAGUUGCAAAGGGGGUUGUCGAUUUCUUCUUCAACUCAUCUUCUUUCCUUGAAUCUUUCAUCUACCUCCUUGUUUCAUCCAACAGAUCGCGAUGAUCCGGAGAUGUUGUGGCCUUUCUUCGUGUUUCGGCUCGGAUGCGGUUUAUGGAUUUGAAGAUGGGAAUGCCUCACUCAGAGAUCGUUGCAUGCUUUUCCUCUGGUUUCUGCCUUGCUCUUGGUGGUCGUCUCCGCUUGUUGGGUGCGUCUUCGCCUUCAUCCAUGGGUCGAAGUUCCUCUGUGGCAUCAUGUUCCUCCUUGUCUGGUCGGCGGCUUCUGGGUUCAUGGCAGAUUGGUUUGUUGAGCGGCGGCAGCGAUCUCUUUGUGGUGGUUCAUUGUAGAUAGGGUUUAGGAGUGGGUAUUUCGUUGUGGGCCUCCAUGUUUGGGCUUUGAGAUUGUUAUUUUUGUUGACGUGGUGGGCUUACAGGAUUGAGCCCGUUUCUUUUCUUUAUUUAUUAUGAUUGUCUCUCCAUGGGCUUGUACCUAAACUUUGUAACUGUUUUUCAGUUUAAUGAAACUGAGUUUGUCAAAAAAAAAAAUCGCUGGCAACAACUACGAGCUCGUCGUCCAUGCUCUAGUACUUCAAGCCUUCCAUGAAGUGACGUUUCAGUCAUCGCCGGAUAAAAGCUUGAGAUACAGGGGAUGGGCGAGCAUAAGCAGAUUGACCCACCCUUUCUUCUCCCAUUUAUACUCGAUGGAGAAGGGCUUGGAGAGAACCGCCUCCCUCGUAACCGGGUAGCAGAAGUUGAACCGAUCGAGGACGGAUUUGGAAUCCGGGUAACGCCAUCCUCAGAAUGCCGGAGAAGCCGGUUACAGAGGUGAUGGAAGAAGUGGUAUGGGUCAAGUUGACCGGAAAUUAUAUUAAAUUUUUAUUUAUUAAUAGCGUAAAAAUGAGUUGGAAAUUAGAAAAGUUUAAAUUUAAAUUUUUUAUUAAUCUUUUAAUUGCCAUGUCACUUAUUUAACGGUCAAAUAUGAGAGUUGACUGCCACAUCAGCAAAAUUUAACAGAGACUAACAGAGAGUGACCAAACUUGAACUGUUGAACUAAUUUUAGUGACUACAUAUGGAAUAAAAUACAAACGUAAAAUUUUAUUGUUCUCUCAUAGAUUUGAAAAAUGUUGUCCAUAUUUAUUUUUUAGGUUGACAUACUCUAUAGAGACUUUCAUCUUUCCAUCAAAGUCUAAAUUUGCUUAUCUUUAUCUUAAAGUUGUCUUGUGGUAGAUCAACGUUGUUGCUAUUGUUGUUAUGAAGAUACUUAAAAAAUAGAGUACAAUUUUUCUACAAUAGUGUCAUCUACAACGUCUGUAAAUCUCAUAUCAUCUUGUUCUUAUGGAUUUUUUAUAUUCAAAGAGUGUUAAUAGAAGGUGUUGUUUCUUUUUGUCUUAGUUUAAAACCUGUGUAGGGAUUUGGUUUUCCACGCAUGAUAGAAUGCUGCAAAUAGGAGGUCAACAUACGUCGGUCGACUAGCUCAGUCAUCAAGUCGACCGCGAUGUACCAAGUGUGUUCAAGUUCAAGAGACGAAGUCAAUCGUCUCCAUCAUCAGGUUGUUCAGAGAGAGUCAGUCGUCUCCAAUCAACCUCGUCCGAGAUGUUAUUCAUCUCGAGUUUUGUGGUUCAAGCCAUCAUGCUUGUUCUUCACAUUUACUUCUUCAAGCUCGACAUUCUUGUCAUUCAUGUGUUCGCUUGAGGGGGAGUGUUGCGGUUACUUAAACCGUGUUAGUAUUGGGCCUUGUCUGAUUCGUUGGAUUAGGGUUUUAACCCUAAGUUUAUCUAUAUAAGUUUAGCUAUCGACUUGUGUGAUAGUAAGCCGUCAAGAUGUAAUUCUAAUAAGAGAUCAGCCGUGAGCUCUUAUGAGCUCACCGUGGAUUAGUCUCGAUCAAUCAAUUGAUCGAGGAUACCACGUAAAAUCUCGUGUCCCGUGUGUUAUUUCAUCUUCCGCAUCAUCAAAUUCUUCACUGCAAGUCACCAUAAGCAUACGCUUAAUUUUAUAUGAGAUUAUUGACUUAUCAAAUAUUAAUUUACAGAGGUGUACUUUAAAUAAAAAAAUCCAAUACUAAAAUAAACAAUACAAAAUGAA